GUCGGAACUUUUUCGCUCCAUCAGAGUCCGCUCUCGUACGUCCAUCACUAAACUUCCGGCAUCUCGUUCUCGAGCUCUUACCGCGUUUCGUACCUUGCGAUAUAACUGGUCUUGACCUUCACCUCUCAACAUGCCGGAGUUGACUGAAAUUACGGAAAGUGCGGCCGCCGCCUCCAGCGGAACCACAGAAGCCAAGCUGGAAGAUGCUCUCAGUGACACAGAGACCGAGGAUUCUAUCCCGGAUCUGGAAGAUGCAGGUGCCGCUGCAACGACACAGCUGUCCGCCGGUGAAAUCCCGGACAUCUCGAAAGCGAAACAGUCGCGCGGCGAGAAGAAGGCCCGCAAGAUCAUGUCCAAGCUUGGGCUGAAGCCGGUCCAGGGCGUCAACCGGGUAACGAUCCGGAAGUCCAAGAACAUCCUGUUCGUGAUAAACAACCCGGACGUGUACAAGAACCCGCACAGCGACACCUACAUCAUCUUCGGCGAGGCCAAGAUCGAGGAUCUCACCCAGCAGGCGCAGGUGGCGGCGGCGGAGAAGUUCAAGGCGCCGGAAGCGACACCGGCCGCCGGCGAGGCGUCGAGCUCGACGAACGUCGUGACCCCGAUCGCCGAGGAGGAUGAGGAGGAGGUGGACGAUACCGGCAUCGACGACAAGGACAUCGAUCUGGUCAUGUCCCAGGCGAACGUGAAACGUGCAAAGGCCAUCCGCGCGCUCAAGAACAAUGAAAACGACAUCGUGAACGCGAUCAUGGAGCUAACCAUGUAAUAAUGUAAUUUGUUCGGCAGCGCUGCACCACACAAAAACACACACACAUACAACAUCAAGAAGAACAACCACAACAACAAAAACAUUAGUUUGUCUCUGUUAGUGUUUUUUCACAAGCCCUUUUCCCGUACCCCCGCCCAAAGCCGAAGGCCAUGUGUGGGCAAGCAUCGUGAGCACACGUGCGCGGAAAAUACGUUACAACGGACACACAACAUCCCCCACUUCUUCGUGCACGGUUGUGUCGCCUGUUGCAGGGCGUUUCUGGAUUUUGGAAGGAAGCUAAUCUAGUGCUCUGGAAAGAUGUCGAUUGCAACAGGCACAAAAGAAUGUGCGUGUAUGUGUGUGUGCGCAAGCGCGAAAGAGACUGCCUUUUUUGGCGCAAGGCAUUUUGCGUGCGCUUCCUCGUUCGCGUGUUUGAUAUUGUUGCUGUUGCUGCUGCUGCUGCGGCUGCACCUUCAUUAACCCCUCUAACAUUACAUCAAGUAAAACCGAAUGCUAAGAUUAUAUCGUAAACGGUAAUAAAACCUAAACCUACAAAAGAGAA